CCGAGAAAAAAACCCUUACGCGUCAUGUAAAAAAAAAAGAAGCGUAAAUUACGAAAAACAGAGAGAUAAAUCCGGGCAUUGAGAUUUUGGAGAUAGAGAGAGAGAAAAAUCGAAAUCUAUUGUCUAUCUCCUCAAUUUGGAUUGGAUUUUCUGCAUAUCAUCGCUCUAGCUUUCGCGGGUUUUGGAUUCGAUUCCUUACCCUUCUCCAAUCGAAGUUUUUGGCUUUGAAUUGGAUUUGGGUUUCGUUCCAAAAUCAGCUCUUUUUGUUAAUCAGCAGAUAUGCAGGACCAGCUGGUGUGUCAUGGUUGUAGGAAUUUAUUGAUGUAUCCUAGAGGAGCAUCUAAUGUGCGUUGUGCGUUAUGUAACACUAUCAACAUGGUUCCUCCUCCUCCUCCACCUCACGACAUGGCACACAUUAUAUGUGGUGGUUGUAGAACAAUGCUUAUGUAUACGCGUGGGGCUAGUAGCGUAAGAUGCUCUUGCUGUCAAACUACGAACCUUGUGCCAGCGCACUCCAAUCAGGUUGCCCAUGCUCCUUCCAGUCAGGUUGCGCAGAUCAAUUGUGGGCAUUGUCGGACGACCCUCAUGUAUCCUUACGGUGCAUCAUCCGUCAAAUGCGCUGUUUGUCAAUUCGUAACUAACGUUAAUGUGAUUAUUCCUAUCUAUUAAGCCACCUCUGCAUGGUUGAGUUAAGUAUAGAGAUCUUUCUGUUGGAAAUUUUCAUUUCUGAUUCAUUUUGCAUCCUUAGAUGAGCAAUGGAAGGGUACCUCUCCCAACUAACCGGCCAAAUGGAACAGCUUGUCCCCCCUCUACAUCAACUUCAACACCACCCUCUCAGACCCAAACCGUUGUUGUAGAAAACCCCAUGUCCGUUGAUGAAAGCGGAAAGUUGGUGAGCAAUGUUGUUGUUGGAGUGACAACUGACAAAAAGUAAUCAAGAAUGAGUGAGAUCUUAAAGAUCAAAUCCAAAUUCUUCCUCUAUUCCUGCGUUUGGUUUGUGCAUAUUACAUACGCGGAAAAACUGUAUGUUAUAUAUCUCUUGACUCCUUUUUAACCCAAGAGAAAAAGCUUAUCAGAAUCUCUUGUUACUGCAUUAUUGGGGUUUAUUCAAAGUUGAAGACACAAGGUUUUUGCUCGAAUAAUUUGGCAUUCUUUUGCUCCAUGGAACUUGACCUUCUCUUCUGUUUGUUGACUUCUAAAACUCCAUCGGCCCUUGUGGCAUUGUUAAUGUAUGUAUGAAUAUAAUCUGAUACACCAACCAAUCAUUAAGAUUUGGGUUUGAAAUCUGUCUCUUCCGUGGAUGAGAUAUGCUACAUGUCACAAGAACUGGUCUUAGCUUUGGUAGAUAAGACUUGUCUUAGAGCAAGUCUUGAAAUCUGGAAAUCUAUUUUGCAGUAAUCUUGUCACAACAACCAUAACCUAAUCAGUCAGUACCCUCCAAGAACAUUAAAGUUAGAUGAUCCG